AUGUUCACAGGCACUAUCUCAGUAAUAUAUGGUCCAAUGUUUUCUGGAAAAACAAGUGAACUAAUGAGGUUAGUUAAGAGAUUUACAAUUUCAGAGAGAAAAUGUGUAGUCUUAAAUUACGCUAAUGAUAACAGAUACUCAGAUGAUUAGUGUAUUUCUAGUCAUGACAAAUAAUAUUUGAAAGCCAUAAAAGUGACCAAACUUUUUGAUGCUUUUGAGAAAUGCAAAGAUCACGAUGUCGUAGCUAUUGAUGAAGGCCAAUUCUUUUGCGAUAUUGUUGAAUUUAGUGAAGCCAUGGCUAAUUUGGGAAAAAUAGUAAUAGUUGCAGCUCUUGAUGGCACAUUCGAUAGAAAACCUUUUCGUAACAUUCUGAGUUUGAUUCCCUUGGCUGAGCGCAUCACCAAAUUAACAGCAGUCUGUUGGUUUUGUAAGAAAGAGAAUGCCUCAUUCACUAAAAGAACAGUUUAAUCUUAAGAAAUUGAAUUAAUCGGAGGAGAAGAUUGUUAUAAACCAGCAUGUAGAGCAUGUUUCAAUCUAACAGAAAAUAAAUUCAACAAACAUACACUUCCAUAAAUCCCCAUCUUCUCAAGUGAUGAAAGACUAUUUGGUCAAUAAAAUUUGAUUUGCUGA